GAGUUGCCUAAACAGAAAGUGAAUACAUGUUGAGCAAGACAGCACAAAGUAAGAAAAGAAACAAGGACUACAAAAGCUCUCUUGGUUGCGUCUCAGCAGACCCAGAGAUCCGAAACCCAAACCCUUUGUCUCAUGUUCGCCAACUGGACCUCCACUAUCAGUAGCGCACCAUCCAUCCUCCUUACAAGGACCCGUUCCCCUACAAACACAAAACAACCAAUGCCCCGUGGAGCAUCCACUCGCCUGCCCUUCCAUUAACUUGUCCGUCCGUAUUGACACUUGGAGCCAAGCCCUUUGACCCUGCACCAGCCUCAAUCAAAAUUGGGGACCACCUCAGCAACCAUACCAUCCUGCGCCUACACCUGACCAAGAGGCUACGUUCAUCAUUUCAAACUUCGCAUCCCCGUCGUCACAACAAUUCAAACUCUCCACCUCUCGAUUCAGUCUCCAUCGCCGUCGCAACAAUCGACAUUUCUCGAUACGCUUUGCUGCAAUCAGAUUACGAUCUCGAAUUGGUCUCUUAGAAAACAUCAGUCACUUUCUCCCUCGGCUGGUCCAAGCCCGAAUACGAAAGCUCGACGUAAGCUGGCAAGAUGACGCUCAAGGAGGAGUUCCAAACGCGAAACUUCAGCAUCUACGGACAAUGGUAGGCUAACGUUCCUCGGCUGUAUACAGCUUCAAUCAUAGCUAUUGAGCUGUUAAGCCACUUUGCGACAUGACCCAUACCGAAUGAACUACGACGUAACAACCGACUAACACUACUUGUGUAUAGGCUUGGAAUUCUUUCCAUGAUCAUCUGUCUGGCUGUUGGAAUCGCCAACAUCUUUUCGUUUAAUGUAGUUCGCAUUAUCUUCUGCGCCUUUGCUAUCGCAUCGGCCUUUGUCAUUCUUUUCAUCGAGGUCCCUCUUCUUCUCCGAAUCUGCCCAACCUCCGGCAAGUUCGAUGAGACGAUUCGCAAGAUCUCGACCAAUUAUAUGCGCGCGGCCGCCUACGGCGUCAUGUCUGCUCUGCAGUUCAUUAGCAAUGUCAGCGGUGCAAGCAGCUUGAUUGCUGCUGCUGUCUUCCUGCUGCUGACUGCUCUUUGCUACCUGCUUGCCGGUAUCAAGGGUCAGGCCUUUGUCGGCAGCAAGACCCUCGGUGGUCAGGGCGUCGCGCAGAUGAUUGUGUAGACUCGCCAGCUGCCAGCCCGACCAAUUUCGUGGCUCUACCACGAAGCGAACGAACCACUAUUUAAGUUGACAUCUUGCACCGUGGAGUUCGCCGAGUACAGGAGGCACCUAAGGCUUUCCAUAGCUCGCAGGUGCAGGAGGACGGGGAUGAUGAUGGAAAAUCUGCUUAUCUCGACGAUUUAGGUUCCUGCCAAGAGCAGCGGCCUGUAUACCCAGCUGGAUUUGGCGUCUGGGAUGAGGAACGGCUCAUGUUUUGAUUGAAGUUGAUGCCAUUUCGUGAACGAGUUUCAACGACUGCGUUAUUUUGAGUUAUUUCGCUAAAAUUUGAAUUCAUUUCUUGUAUUUCUGCUCAUGAGAUCAUGCUAUGAUGGUGUCGAUGUUGCUUCAAUACAUUUACCCACUGGCAGAUAUUGUUCCAUGCUAUGAAUAGCAUUUCUGGAAAGCUAUUGAUAGCUCUCGGGAUCGCCGCCAUAUCAAUGUGGUAAUUCACCCAUGUCCAUCAUGUGAUAAGAACUGCAAUGUGCUGAAAUUAGCUGCAUAUCAAAGACGGCAACCC